CAAAAAAGGUUUUAAAUUUGAUCAUGUAUGGGAUAUGAUGAAGGAUUUUGAGAAGUUUAAAGAUGUCGAUGCUGGAAGUGAUUCCACAUCAUCACAACGACCUAUUGGGGUGAAGAAAGCAAAAUUGAAGAGAAAAUUCGAAGAAGGUUUUUCAUCUGCUAUGCAAAUGGUCCAAUCAGAAAAUAAUCGGCUUGUUGAGUUGUUGGCAAAGUCAGGUGCAGACAGGCAGCGAGAUUUGGAGAUGAAAGAUAGAGCUUUGAAACUAAAAGAAUUUAAAGAAGAAAAUAAAAUUUUAUUGUCGAAUUUAGAUUCUAUUGGUGAUCCAAAUAUUCGUGAAUUUAUUCGACAAGAACAAAAACGAAUAAUGGAUAAAAGAAGUCAACAAUUUCAACAGCCACCACCACAACAAUCCUCUGCCCCAUACACUCAAUAUUUUAAUGAUAUUGGUGGAUCUGGAAACGACCUACCAGAGUACUAAAUUAUUGUUAUAAUUUUCUAAAUUAUUAUGUUGUUUAAUGUAUUUUCAAUUUUAAUGUAUUGAACAUUGUUGUGUUAUUGAUCA